AUGCACAGCAAAUGCAUCCUCAUGUACGUCAUCAUCGGCAUUCCUGCAGGGCCUGCGUCGAGAGGGCUCGACUCGCAUCCGCCGUUCAGAUCCCUGCAUGCAUAUGCGGGUGACCCCUCUGCAGUCGGCGUGGACCUUGAUGCAAGAAUUCGCAGGGUUCUUUCCGCAGGGCAUCUCCAACCACCCUCGUUCAAAGCCAUACACCCUAGUUUACCGCCAAAGCCCCUUUCCAUUCGAGACAUGACCAUGGCUAGAUCGGCACCGAUGAAUGCUCGUUCUACUGUGCUCUCGGAUUCUAAAGUCGCACACCCUCUCAUGGUGACUUUACAGGACGAGCGAGACGCUGCCGUCAAUCGCGCUCGAGAUCUCAGUGCACAGCUCGAGGCUACCCAGGCACAACUCCUCGUCCAGCAAAGUCGGUUUGCUGAGAUAGAGCCCCUUCGGCAAGAUGUGACACGAUUUCGAGAGCUGCUCGAAGACAGGACACAGAAGAUAUCGGAGCUCACGCGUUCUCACGAACGAUAUAUGCAGACGGCUACAAUGGAUAUCAAGAUGCGAGACUAUCGGUGGAGAUACUUGAAGCGGGAAGCGACUAGAGUUCCGGGGCUCCAGGCGGUCAUCCAAGCAAUAGAGACCAGGGUUGCAGGGGAGAUUCCACGCCGGGAUCCUGCCAAUGCUGUGCCUCGGCCUGACGUGCCGAUCCCCGCUACGGAGCCAAUAUACUCUCGAGAAGACGUCAAAGGGAUCAGAAUGAGAUCACAAGCCCUUGUACAACUCCGAGAUGCAGCCCUGGACGACCUCGCGAAAGCUCGGAAGGACAUCGAUGCGCUACGAGGUCAAACGGCUGAGCUUGAGAUGUUGCGAGCCAGGGUUGAAGAGCUCGUUCCGUUUGAGGAAAAUUUGAAGGUCCUUGCGAUGGAGCGCGAUGCGCUACUAAUGCAGGUCCAACGACAGAAGGUUGAUCCUCACAUGCUUCCAGUGCAAGUAGCAGAAAGUGGACCAUCAGGCGAAUGCGAUUUGGACAAGCUCCGGAGAUACUGCACGAGAAGCGCAGAGCAAAUUUCAGCUAUGGAUAAGAACGGAAUUGAUACGAUGCAGAGUGAAGUAGCGAAGCAGGCGGCGGAGCAUGAAGGCCACUUUACUGAACGCGACAAGGCCGCCGUAAAGCACGUUGAGAGUAUGUCGAAGGAGCUAGACGCCAUGGGCGGUACACCGGAUAGUACGGAGCGGAGGGUUGCGAAGCUGGAGGCCACAAAGCUACUGGAGUCGGUAGGCGCCUCAAUGGUCCCCUCAUUGGUGGAUGCUUUGAUUCAGAUCGCAGAGAUGGCUACGACCGUGUAG